GUUCACCUUUCGGCUCAUUUGCAUCCUUGAUUCCAUAUCAAAUCCAAACUGACUGACAGACUGUGUGCCACCGAGGCGAUCGAGAGACGAGACGCUUGUUGUCCUGGCCUCUUCUCUGUGUUGCCCUGGUCCGUGUGCCUUUUUCUCCUGCUCUUCUGUCUUUCUUUCCAGCAUUGCCUCCACAUCAUCUGAGCAUUUCGCCUGCUGCAUUCCCCCUCCUGCGCUGACAGUUUCUGCAUUUGUGGCCUAUCCUCCCAAAAGGUAUGCUAUAAAUCCUAGGCCCUCUCCUCCUAGCCUGAUGACCCCUCGAUGCCCCUUCAUGGUCCUCACUGAGCAUUGAUCCUUUUCUUUCCUUGCAUGCCGCUAUCGAACAUCACCAGUCUACGCAUUGGGCCCCUUGACUCAUCAUCUGUCUCUUACAGUGUCAGCCUCUGUUCCAUUCUUGACGAGUUACCGAUGCAUCAAAUGUAUGUGUUAUAGGAAGAGCUUGGAAAGUGAAGUACAUUCAAAAUGACCGAGAACCGUUACCGUCCUUCCUCACCUUCUCGGCGCUACGCCAAUCCUCGAGCAUCAACAGGCAUGGUCUAUUCCUCCUCCUUCGAUACCCGAUUUUCCUCCCAGCCACGAACGAUGGUCGGCGAUCCCUAUCCAAGUGCACGUCACGGAAGCUAUAGCACACAGGGCGUUACAAACAGAACAUAUCUCGACGACAAUCACCCUGGAAGAGGUCCAGUGGUUCGCACAGAGUACGCUGUCCGUCCAAGGAAUAACUCGACCAUUGGCUCGGAAUCUCGAAGGCCUGUCAGUACGUAUGUUGCCAGGCCUGCGUCACCACCUCGAGUGCGACCGGUCAUCAGCACUUCCCGCGACGAUCCGCGAAGCCCUGUCCUGCCUCCUGCGAGGGAGGAGCGCUAUCUCAUGCCGGCAGCCUCAAACACAGGCCGCCAUCACCAUCGGCAUUCUAGCGCCACACGGGCAGAGCAGGAUCGACUCGGCUACCCCAGAGUCAGCAGACAGCCCGAGUAUCACCGCCGUGGUGGUUACAAUGCAUACCCUUCUUAUUCAAGGGAUGCACCAUUGCAAGAACAUGGAUUUUCCUACACCACACCCAAGGAGCAAUUUCUGCAAGAAUCCUCGCGACCGCCCCAACGCCGGGAGAGCUUUGGCAGACGGGAGCGUCCGAUCAGUACAAUCGGCCUGCCAGAGUACAGACAAUCGGUGAGACGAGACCCUGGCCCGCCACCUGCCUCCUCUCGUGCUCUGGACAGAAUAGACAGAACCGACAGCGGCAGACAUUCGGGCAUACGCCUCAGCGAGCCAGACGAUCGCAUUGGGGAUGCCCCUCGCCGUCACGCUUCCACUCGUGCCCCAGUUCUCCAUCAUUAUCGUGAUGACGGCUACACAUCUGCAAGAGAAGAGCGUGAAUCUCGGCUACCGCCGAAGUCGAGGCCAGAGCGAUAUGAGGAGGAUGACAGAGCCCCCAAAAGUAAGCAUCGCGAAGAGCGAGACAGAGAAAUCCCUCGGGAUCUCGAUCGCCGAGAUCGGGAUCGUGACCGUGACAGGGAUAGGGAAAGAGACCGAGAACGUGAGAAAGAGAGGGAGCGCGAGAGAGCUCGUGAAGUCGAGAAAGCUGGUAGGGGGACCGAUGAUCGCCGCCAACAGAGGAGCCGCGAUCCAAGCCCGGAACAGCAAUCGGGCGUGCGCAAGCAUUUGUCCACUGUCGCUGCGGCAGCUGUUGGGGCCGGUGUUGCCGGUGUUGCCGCCAAAACAUCUCGGAAUCCCAAUGACGAUACUGACAGUGACGACCACAAGGAGAAGAGGCAUCGCAGAAGGCGACAUCAUCGUAGCGGAGAUGAUCCCAGUCCCGACCAACUCGCUGACCGUGUCGAGCGAGAUCUCAAAGUGUCUGAGCCUGACCGGCGUGAACGUCGUAGGGACGAGGCAAAACCCGAAGAUGCUGUGGCCGAGAGCCGAGAGGAUAGGCGUGAACGACGAAGACAUCAUCGUCACCGACACAGAGAGAAAUCUGCACAGGAAGACGAAUCUGAUACUACAGAAGACUCUGUCGGGCCAGAACACCGCCAACAACGGUCUGACAGGGACAGGGAAGGGGAACUGCGGGAGCCUCCUAGGCCUCGCGAAAGAGCAGCAUCUCGCGAUGGCGACCGAGAUGCUCAAGGCCUGCAGCAGCGCACAAUCUCACCCGGAGAGGAAGAAGAUGAGCGACCGCGGAGAGUCCAGCUUGUCGAGCCAGUGGAGAAGAAGGAUGAGGCCAAACCCAAGGGCAUUCUGAAGCCUCCGAGGGCGGUUCCUUUCCCUGAAGAUCCCCAUCCAGAGCGCGAAGGCGUUGCACCUCUCAAGGACGCGAAGAAGGAUGGGAUACCCCCUAACGCGCGAUGGACUAAGAUCAGCCGGGCUUUGGUAAAUCCGGAAGCACUGGAGAAGGAGCACGAAAGAUUCGAGGAGCGAGAUGAUUAUGUCAUUGUUCUUCGCGUGGUCACCAAGGAAGAAAUCAUGAAGUUUGCCGAGAAGACCAAAGAAAUUAGAGAAUCCCGAGAGCGACAAUGGCAAGCUGAGUUGGAAGAACGGCGACGGCGGAAGAAAGAUAGAGGCUACGACAGCAGCGAUGACUACGCUACGGAUGAUGAUAAGAGGCCGGCUCUGGCCAUUGAGCAAGGCCAGCCCGUUCAAGGGCUUCAGGGAGAUCCUAGGGUCUACCUCCAGCAGCAGCAAAACCAGCAUUGGGCCGAGCAGCCGCCUGUCCAUCCCGGUGCCCCUGGUCUGAUGCCUCCUCAACAAGCGCAUAUGCAGCCAGCGCAACCGCCUCAGGGGAUACCUGUCCCAGACAUCAGAGUCGAACCUAACGCUGGCAAUUACGCGACUAAUGUAUAACAACGCGGACACGAAGUUUCAUGAUGAAGCAUGAACGACAAGUGACUGCUGGUCUGGAUUUGAGAAGCAAGUUAGCAAUAUUUUGAUUUCUGAUUGAGCAGCCAGCAUGUUAGUCAGCCAAGAGGAGGACAAGCUCUUGACGAGACAGUAUACCAGGUAGUUAGAUAGAGGCCAUCUGUAGCAUAUCAAAGAAGUGACGCCACA